CCUCAAUUUAUGCAAGCAAAUGCGCGCAAAAAGUGUAGCCUGGCUAUUGCAGCUUGGCUAACUAGCUAGCUAACGAUAUAACUUAUUGAUUGCAUUUCUAGCUAGAUCCAUAGUUUGGAUCAUUUAACUUUUCUUGAAUUAAACAACAUCUCUCUAGAAAAAUGGUAAGUGUACUUUAUUUUCCUGAUUGCCACUGAGCGAAUGACUGAAAUGGCUAGCUAGCUAUCAAACGUAACGUGAGUUAUUAAGUUACAAACAAGCUGCCUAAUUUCUCAGAGCAGAAUGGCGAUGCCUAUUUGUAGCUAUGUGACAGUGACAUAACAAGACUCCCAAAAAGGCAAAUCACACAGAGUACUUGUUCAUGCAUGUUAUGUAUGUGAUUGGGGUAUUAGUGUACCCAAGUGUAAGAUUCCAUUUAUUCAAGGCCUGGCUAUGACAACACAACAGCUGCAACUGAGGGGAUGACAUGCAAGUGAUAUGUGAAGAGGUAUGUAACGUUAGGCUACAGCUCCUCAGUACAGUAUUAUAACAAUGUAUCAGCUGGAUGCAUGUGAUGUUAUCAGCAGGAGGGCUGAUCUGAAUUGUUCAACCAAUACACAGACUCCCGAUGUUGUGUUCCAAAGCUAGGCUGCUGUGAAAUCACUAUUCUGUGGUCUGUAUAUGGUAAAUGCUGUAAACAGUAGCAAGCACAGUAGCAUUAGUGAGUAUGAGGGUUUAUGGGUGGCAGAUAGCCUGGCCCUAGUGGUUAAGAGCGUUGGGUCAGUAAUCGAAGGUUGCUGGUUCGAAUCUCUGAGCCGACUAGGUGAAACAUCUGUUGAUGUGCCUUUGAGCAAGGUAUUUAAGCUUAAUUGCUCUUGUAUGUCAGUCUGGAUAAGAGCGUCUCAAAAAUGACUAAAAUGUAAAAAUGGAGUGGUGAAAUAUUAAGCUCUUCUGUUUUUCUCUCUACUCACUCCUUGUCUCCCUCCUCCGUAGAUCCCAGAGCUGUCCAACCCCUCAGUGUUUAUGAGGGACCCUCAGAGGGUGGAGGAGAUCAUUAAGACCAUGCAGAUGGAUAGCACCAGCACUAUUCAGGUACCACCACAGAGAUCCUAUUCAAUUAGGAUUGUAUAUGUAAUUAUAUGUGUACCACACCCAAUUUACUCUCCUAGUUCCAUCCUGGGAGGUUUGCUUGAUAAUAUGCUGACGAUGUCUCUUGCUUUUUCAGGUGAUUUCAGACUUUGACAUGACCCUCACACGGUUUGCCUACAAUGGGAAGCGGUGUCCUACCAGUCACAGUAAGUAUUAAAGCUGGGAUAGCUUGUACAGAGAAGAUACUCAUGUUUUGUCUAAAAACCCAUGAGAAUUAUGUUUGCAUCUGCAUUAUUUUUAUAGAUAUCCUGGACAACAGCAAGCUCAUCAGUGAGGAGUGCAAAGCACAGGUAUAUUUCAAAUUUCAUCAGAAAAAUGACUAGAGCACAUGACAGAACUUCCUCUGAUUUGGCAGAUAAAGUUGUGUAGAUUAGAAAAUCUAUGACACAAGAUGAACUGCUUAACUGAGUGAAAAAUAACUGUGUGUCUUUUCUAGAUGCAUACUAGCCAGUUUGUCCUUUCUGAGUGUUGUCUGUUCUCCCUCCGUUCAGCUGAAGGACCUGCUCAACACAUAUUACCCCAUAGAGAUAGAUUCCAAACGGACAGCGGAGGAGAAGCUGCCCCUCAUGGUGGAGUGGUGAGUCACAGCUCUCUCUGAGCCUAUCACUGCCCUUCUAGACCUCACUUUGCUGUCAAACUGACCAAUACCCUCUGCUACAUCAGACAUAGGCACCUCCCUGCAGUCUCAAUAACCCAAUGAGUCCCACUGUAAUACUGGCGCGUUUUGGACUUCUAAUCCCUAUUAAACAUUGUGUGUUUAAGCUACAGAUUUCUGGGUUGUACCAUCGGAUUCGUCUAAUUAUUCUGCAUCCAACCAUUGGUCUGUGUGAUUAACUGGGGCUGGGUGUUUGUGAGAAAAGGGUGGAUCCCGAAGGGGCCUGGGGCCAGGUCUUUUUACAACAACAUCUGUAGAGUCCGAAUGGUUUGCGCUACAAACUAUUAAAAGCUAUCUAUGAAAAGCUGAGACUCACGAACACGCAUGUUUUGCUCUAUGACGCUUACAAGCUACACAAGCAUCAUUAGAAUGUAAGGGGUUCUUCUACAUAGAAGGCGGCAGGUAGCUUAGUGGUUAAGAGCGUUGUGCCAGUAACCGAAAGGUCGCUGGUUCUAAUCCCCGAGCCGACUAGGUGAAAAAUCUGUUGAUGUGCCCUUGAGCAAAGCACUUAACCCUAAUUGCUCAUGUAAGUCGCUCUGGAUAAGAGCAUCUGCUAAAUGACUAAAAUUUAAGAUCAUAGGAAAUCCCAGGACAUAGUGUCUAUAAUAAGCUCACAUAGCUCACAAAUCCAAAUAGUUGUCAUUGACUAGUUGGAUAUUCAUUUCCCAAUGAGCAAACAAUUUCUGUACAGCAUUCAUAUAAAUUCAUUUUUAUAAGAUUUCUGCUUCAGACAUUUGUCAAUAAAACUCACGAAAGCCACUGUUUAUGUUCUGUGUUCUACUCGUAGCUCUGGUUGUCCUGAAAAUAAAAUGGUCAAAUACUUCAUUGUGAAGCUAAAUAUAAGGGCUGGACAUGUAGAUAAUUGAAAGUCAAAUAAAUGAAAAGCUGAUUUUUGCUGGGGUCUCGGGACUGAUGGGGUUAACCAAUCCCCUUGUGCCAUGCAUCCCAUAGGUGGACUAAAGCCCAUACUCUUCUGGUGCAGCAGCGCAUCAGGAAAGACCUGCUUCAGGAUGUGGUGAAGGAGUCUGAUGCUAUGCUCAGGUGAGAAGACCCUGCUACUUUUGCCAAACCACAAUCAUGGCUGUUUAGUAGGGUAAAGUCAUCUAUAGCAUACAUGGUACCAAAUUAUGAAGCCAUAUCAAGUCAAUAAUGAUAAUGGUGACCAGGACUAUAAUGGUAGUGAUUACAGUGCUAACUAUACUGCUGGCCCCACAGGGAGGGCUACCAGCUGUUCUUUGACCAUCUGCAGGAGCACAGCAUCCCUCUGCUCAUCUUCUCUGCUGGGGUAGGAGACGUGCUGGAGGAGGUGAUCCGCCAGGCCGGGGUCUUUCACCCCAACGUCAAGGUCUUCUCCAACUACAUGGACUUUGAUGAGACUGUGAGUAGGCUAUCACUGACACUCAAACCACAGUCUAUACAAUACAGGUAGCCUCUAUGGAAUUUGAAAACACUUAGUUUCAUUGCAUUAAAUUAGCUUUUCCUAUGCUAGUGACGACACAAAGACUGGGUAAAAGGUUAGUUGUUUGAAUGAGGAUUUAACCCAUUGUUGUCCCUCUUUCUCAGGGUGCGCUGAAGGCGUUCAAAGGGGAGCUGAUCCACAUCUAUAACAAGAGGGAGGGAGCUCUGCUGAACACAGGCCACUUCCAGGAGCUCAAGUCACGCCACAACGUCCUGCUGCUGGGAGACUCUCUAGGGGACCUGACCAUGGCUGAUGGGGUGCACAGCAUGGAGAACAUCCUCAAGAUAGGCUUCCUCAACGACAAGGUAGGGUACUAAUGGCUGCACACACACCAACGCUCUCACACACACUCUCUCUCACUCACACCCUAAUAAACCCUCAACCAUGCAAAAAGUAACAUUUUUGUUUUUACUCUGAAGUUUUAUUGAGUGCUUGUUUUAAGGGAAUUGAGUGCUUGUUUUAAGGCACAGUCAGCUUGUUCAAACACUGUUUAAAUGAUGUUGGACAUUUACCCUUUGUUAACCGUUCCCUCUGCAUGAUCUUUCUCAGGUGGAGGAGAGGAAGACGUCCUACCUGAAUGCUUAUGACAUCGUGCUGGUGAAGGAUGAGACCAUGGAAGUGCCUAACGCCAUAAUGCUCCACCUCACCUGCACCAAGUGACCUGACCACGAACGUCAUCUCACUGGCCAAUCAGUAACGAGCGUUCCGACGCUACAGGAACUAUGUCGUGCUGGUUUAGGAAGCGCUUGCUCAGAAUGUGCCAGUAGUCAGAGACCAUGAGCCAAGUCAGAAUGGUAUUGUUUUUAGGUUGUCUUUUACUAAAGCUCCAAUGGCUGUUUGUGUGGGUCGCUGGGGUGGAUCCCAGACAGUGUUUUGGAGUCAUCCUUCCAUGCUCCUCCAGUUGAGUCCUUGUUGAACACUUACAAUUUGAGAGAAACAUCCUUUAUAGUCCUACUCAACAACCCUAUUGUCACAUUCUCAGUUGUGUUUACAAACCAUCAAUAGUCCAACUGAAAGGGGAUAGGAAAACUAGGUCACUUCCCGUCUGGUAAAUGUAUUGGAUUUGUGGGGAGUGAAACGUUACUGGUGAUAUGUAUGCCCUGUCUACAUAUGAGGUACAGUUGAAGUCAGAAGUUUACAUACACUUUGUGCAUGACACAAGUAAU